CGCCGCUAGCUCGGUAACAACACGACGGAGAGGGGCAGAGAACCGGAACCGGACCGCCGGGAGAGAAUGGAGACGGUGGAGCAGCUCGUCUCCUUCCACCACAUCCAGGUCCAGUUGAGCGGGGGCGCGCCCUGGGGGUUCACGCUGAAAGGAGGGCUCGAGCACGGGGAGCCGCUCAUCAUCACCAAAAUCGAGGAUGGAGGGAAGGCCGCCGUGUGCAGGAAGCUGAGAGUCGGCGACGAGCUGUUCAACAUCAACGGCUCGGCGCUGUACGGCAGCCGGCAGGAGGCGCUCGUCCUCAUCAAGGGCUCGCACCGCGUGCUGAAGCUCGCCGUCAGGAGGCGCAGCGUUCCUCUCCUCCGGCCUAACUCCUGGCACCUGGCGAAGCUGUCGGAGCCGCCCCUGCCCCCCCCGCCACCGCCACCUCCGCCCCGCCUGCCCUCCGCCGACUCCCCGCCGCUGCCCCCGCCCCCCCCUCUGUCUGCCAUGCAGCUCCACCCCGGCUCGUACACACUACCCUGGCAAGCGACCGACAACAGCGACUUGUCCUUGCAGUGGGGUCAGAUGUCGAGACCGUACUCCUCCACGGACCGCAGCAGCUCCCUGGGCUCCAUGGAGAGCUUGGACGCGCCGACCGCCACCGCGCAGCCGUACUCGGACUCCCCCGUGGACCCCACCCUCUUCACCGACAAGAGGGACUCGGCCUACAGCUCCUUCUCCGCCAGCUCCAACGCGUCCGACUACGCGGCGGUGCCGCUGAGGCCCGGCGACGCCUGCUCCAUGGACAACCUCCUCCAGGGCCUGGGGCCGGCCUGUCGGGGGUACCCCGGCGGCGGCGGCGACGCCUCGACCCCGGGGAGUUCCUCUGGCGAGGCCCCGGGCGAGGUGCAGCUGAUCCUACUCAAGUCCAGGUCCCUGACCAGGCCCCGGACCAGGCCCGUGGAGGUGAAAGAGAGGCCUUCCUCCUGCUGCUACGAGGGAGGAGACUUUGAGAUCAGUAGAAAUGGAGAGAGAGGAAGUGAGAGAAGGAUGACGCCUCCUCAGCCUCCGACGAGGAAGGACAGCUUCAUGGCGACCCAGACUCAGCCCAAUGGCGCCAACAAAUGUUGCGUCACCGCUCCGACGGAAGAUUCCGGUGUUUCUUUUUACCGUGACGGAAACAAGCCCUCUCUGGACGCUGGAUCGGGAGUUCUCAACGGCUUCCCCGCACCGGAAGACGGGGACAAGACGGGGGAUUCACAAGAGGACACCUCGGACUACAUCCCAAGAGGGACGGAAGACGCGAGACACGUCCGACGUGAUCCUCGCGCCAAUAAAGACUACGAUUCACGGCCGGCCUCGGAUCCCCUCUCCGGUCCAGUGACGGCCUCGCCGGCAGAACCCUCCGUCGUGGGUCAAGAGGAGUCUCGCGUCACGCACUCCCAGACCGAGCGCUCCUCGACGGGGCUCCGUCGGCACAGCGCCCCCGAUAAUCCGUCGGACGCUCCCGAUCCCGCCUCCUCGCGGUGGGAAGACCGAGAGGCGUCUCGCGACCGCCUCCACGCUCCCUCAGACAAGUGGUCCCCGACCCCAGGAUCUGUGUUCGUAGACGGGGAGGAUGACGACGGAGACUCCGGGGAAAGGCCGGAAGGGGUGGAAGUGAAUGGUGGGCUCCACCCCCCAUGGGGCCGCUCCGUGAGCGUACCGGGGGACCCCACCGGGCCCUCAACCCCGGGAAGGUUGCGCUCUGACCCGCUAGAGAGAGAUUUUGUGCCUCUUAGUGCUGCCGCCAGUGUGGAUACGUUACUGGGAGAGCACAGGCAGCUGGAAGGAGGGGGAAGUGGAGGUCAAAGUAAAGAGGGUGUAGCAGAAGAGACGGAGGUCAAGAAGUUGAACGAGCCCCGGAACUAUCGGCGAAACCGCCGCCGCAGCGAGCGGUUUGCCACGAACCUCCGCAACGAGAUCCAGAGGAAGAAGGCCCAGCUUCAGAGGAGCCACGGCCCAGGACGGCUGCUCUGCAGUGGGGAGACGGUGCCGGAGGAAGAGGGUCCAGACCUCCACGAGGAGGGGGCGGACCCGGAACCUCCUGCGAGCGCCAGAGUCGCAUUCGGCUCGCCGGUCGGCCCCCGAGAGCUCGAAGGAGCGGGUGAGUCCAACGCCGACGCGUCGCGGACUCCAAACAACGUCCCGUUCGGGUCCGUCCAGGUCCUGGAUCCGGGGGUGCCCAGUUUUGGCGUCGGGGUCCGAGUCGUGGAGGAACCGGCGCCCGCCGGCAAAGCCCGCCGCUGGCGUUGGACCCCCGAGCAUAAACUGCAACCGGAACCCGAGCGGCGGUGCGGCGUCUCGGGGGAGGCGGGGUCUCGCCACGGGGUCUGCACCUUCACCUCCUCCUCGCGCCGCCGCUCCUCUUCCAGCUCUCGGGCGGACGAGUCGGACAUCCUUCCGUUCGCAGACAGAAUGAAGUUCUUCGAGGAGACGAGCAGGAGCGCCGCCGCGCCUCCCGUCUCGAAGAAGCCGGAGCUCGCCCAGAGGAGGUACUCCUACCAGGGGGGGCUCCAGGAGGAGAGCGCGCCCCCGCCCCAGAGCCAGGAGGCCAGGAGGAUGUCCGUGAGCACCGGCAUGGAGAGGCAGAGGGAGAAGCAGAGGGAACAGGCGAGAGAGAGGGAGGAGAGGGCGAGACUGAAGGAGAUGGAGAGGGAGGAGAUGGAGUUGGUGAUGGAGAGAGCGGAGAGGGCGAGGCAGUGGGAGAAAGAAAGGGAAAAGGAGGCGGAGUGGGCCAGAGAGAAGGAACGACUGAAGGAGAAAGAGAGAGAGAGGGAGAAAGAGAGAGAGAGAGAGAGGGAAGACGACGCUCAGGAGUUUUACAGCAACGCAGGAAGAAACCGAGACUUCCAGAGUCGAGCCCCGAGGCCGUCGGCCUUCCAUCCCGUCAACGCCCCGUCAACACCGCUCCUGGAGAACCAGCAGCCUCAUCGCCAUGGUUACGCGGGGAGGAGCUACACGCCCACAGAGAUGCAUCCUGCCCGGCAACAGGAAACGUCCAAGCUCAACAGGAAGAACAGCCUGACUGAGAGGGACUCCAGCUGGAGGCAGGAGUCCAGACCUCCAGAGGGGGUCGGUCCUCAGCAGCCGGGUCGACGGGACCGCCGACCGGCCGACGAUCCCAACGGACAUGCCUCCGACGCCCCCCCGCCGGCCCCCCUCUCCCUGCGAGGACGAGCCAUGUCCGAGAACGACCUCCGCUGGUCGCCGUCGAUUUUCUCGACGGCCGGCCGGACCCUGAGCGAGGUGGAGGAGGGAGCGGGCGGAGUCGGGGGAGGAGGGAAAGCCGCCGCCCACGACAGGAAGAAGAAGACGCCGCCUCCGCCGAGGCCGCCGCCCCCGAAGUGGGAGCAGUUCCACCGCAGGCGUGCGUCCCACCACGCCUUGUUCACCUCCCCGUCGCCGCCCCGCCCCGCCCCCACGUCGCAUUGCUCCUCCACCCCCCCCUCCUCCUGCGUCCCUCCGCCCGAAACGGCCCGACGGAGGUCCUACAGUCUUCCCCCGGAGAGGCGGGAGGUCUCCGACGGCUGCCUGCGAUGCAGCUGCGGCCAAGCCAAGGAGCUUCCCCACGCCUCGGCCAAUCAGAAUCAACCUCAAACACAGGAACAACCCUCCUACCCCUCGACCAAUCAGAAUCAACCUCAAUCACAGGAACAAUCCUCCUCCUACGCCUCGGCCAAUCAGAAUCAACCUCAAACACAGGAACAACCCUCCUCCUACCCCUCGACCAAUCAGAAUCAACCUCAAUCACAGGAACAACCCUCCUCCUACGCCUCGGCCAAUCAGAAUCAGGCUGAAUCCCGGGAGCCGGGCGGCUUUGCCGUCUCUCCGCCCAGUCCCAUGUUCUCCAGGCGGAGCUUCAGGCCGGUGGCUCCGCCCCCAAAAGAGAGGGACCCGAGGGGCUCGUAUGGCGGGCCUCGGGAGAGGGUGGAGGUCUCCCCAUCGCUUCCUCCACCUCCACCAGCGGCGAGCAGGAGGCCCAGUUUCUCCGAGACGAUCGACGACCGGGGCGGAGUGCCGGGGACGGCUCAGCCGGGGACGGCUCAGCCGGGGGCCGAGUGGCCGAGAGCCCCGUCUCCCAGAGUUCAUAGCGACUCGAACCCGCCGCCGCCGCCCGGCGUGCAGAACGGCGGCGUCCCGCCUCCCGGGUCGUACUUCUCGAUGCACCGCGAGCAGCAGCUCCGGGGCUUCCGGAGCGUCGAGCCGCGGACGGAGCCGGAGACGCCCCUCGGUCCGAGUCCCGCCCUCAGCCUGGAGGCGGAGCUAGACGUUCCCAUGGAGACGGACAUCGACGACUUCCAGGAGGACGAGGACGACGGCGCCGGCGGCCGGCAGCGGGUCACCAGCGAGCUGCCUUGCUUCGCGCUGCCGGUCACGGUCCUGGAGACGGACAUCGACACGGUGGCAUCGCCGCCGGAGGAAGAGGAGGAGGAGGAGGAGGAAGAGGCCGGGGACGCAGAGAGGCUGAGCCUGGAGGAGGAGCUCUUCCCCCACAGCGGCGAGGGAGAGGCGGGCCGGGAGAGCUGGAGAGGAAGCUGCCAAACCACGGAGCACAACGCCGACAGCCUGGACAGGCGCUCCGGGGCCAGCUCCAGCUGCUCCUCCUACUACAGCACGUCGGCCGCCAAGGCUCAGCUGCUGUCGCAAAUGAAGGACUUCACCGACAGCCGGGAGCGGGACGAGGACGACGAGCUCGGCUACAAGAAGCAGCUGAUGGAGAGCCUCCGCAAGAAGCUGGGGGUCCUGAGGGAAGCUCAGAGGGGCCUGCAGGAGGACGUCAGGGCCAACGGCCAGCUGGGAGACGAGGUGGAGAGCCUGGUGGUGGCGGCGUGCAAACCCAACGAGGUGGACAAGUUCCGCAUGUUCAUCGGCGACCUGGACAAGGUGGUCAGCCUGCUGCUGUCGCUGUCCGGCCGGCUGCUGAGGGUGGAGACCGCGCUGGACGGCCUGGAGCCCGAGGCGGAGCUCCACGAGAGGCUCCCCCUGCUGGACAAGAAGCGGCAGCUCAUGCGGCAGCUGUCCGAGGCCCAGGACCUGAAGGACCACGUGGACCGCAGAGAGCAGGCCGUCAGCCGGGUUCUGGCCCGCUGCCUCUCGCCGGAGCGCCACCGGGACUACAGCCACUUCGUGAAGAUGAAGGCCGCCCUGCUGGUGGAGCAGCGGCAGCUGGAGGACAAGACCCGGCUGGGGGAGGAGCAGCUGAGGGGCCUGAGGGAGAGCCUGGGCCUCGGGGUCGGCAUCGGCAUCGGCAUCGCCAUGGGAUACGGACUCUCCUGAGGCCGAGGAGAAGGAGAGAUUCCGACGUCUUCAGGACCCGGCAGAUCAAAGGCUCAAAGGACGUUGAAUGUUCAACAACACGAGAGGCAGAAGGAGAAUUCCGACCCAACAAAUACCCGACAACGUCAAACCGUCUCCACCACACGACUCGCUCCGCGUUGCCAAAGACAUUUUGACGCUGCUCUACUUCUCUUCUGUGUUUUACGUUUUAUUUAAAUCGAAGGAGACUUCCGUCGCUUCACACUAAAGGAGAAUUCCUUGAGACGCAGCAUCAUUGGGGAUUUUUUGUAUUGUUUUUGUAUUCACUGUUGUUGCGUAUCCUGUGGACUAGCAUUAUGAUACGGGGUCAUCAGGGGGUCUGAGACUCCAUGGCAACCGUCAUGUACAGAAGUCUUGUUUAUAAAGUGUACAAUGUGUAUAUAGUGUUCCUCAAUGGCUGGAAUAAGUUGUACAAAUUGGUCGUAAACGAUGAACCAGAAGACGGAGACGAGGUUUUUUGUAUAUUUUGCCGGGAGAAAUUUGGUUUUUUAAUUUUUUUCCGUUAGCCGUAGUUUAUUUGUCCCCAACUCGUCCCGGUUGACGUCUAAACUUCAGAUUUACUGGAGACUUUGGCGUGAAGAACGCUCGCUUUGUUUUCUAGCCGCCCGUUAGCGUAGCUUAGCAUAAUGAAUGUAAACGGGGGGGGGGGGGAAUAGCUAGCGAGUGUUCCCAGUCUUCGUGCGAAGCUAAGCUAAGCUAACCGGCUGCUAAAUGUGGCCUCAUCUUCACAUGGAAAUGAGAUCUGAGUCCAUCUUCACGGUAAAAUCUCACAAAGUGUCAAACUAUCGCUUUAAGAUUUCAGUAAAUGAUGUUUGUUUUGUUUGUUUUUUGUUUAAAGUGCUCCUACUGACUUUAACGUCUUGUAAUUAGCUUCAAACCGUAAACCAACUCAAGAGGAGCUUCGGAGGGGGAAAUGUUCACAUUCAGUUGAAUUUAUGUGGAAAAACAGACUUUUGUACUUUUUCUACUUUAGUUAGUUUCCACGGAUCUGCAGCUUUAAAGUUCAUUAAAAGUGAGAUUUAUCUGGUUUGUUGUUGUUCAUUUUUACCAGAGAACAAAACCACGAAUGUUCUGCUGUGUCCGCUCGCCGCGUGUCUGACAGCCGGCUGGAAACAAAGUUACUCGUUGAAAGUAUUUUUCUUCUGUUCAUGUUUUUUUUUAGAUGUCAUUUUGAUUUAUUUUUUUGCUGCAUGUGUAAAAAUGAAAAGAACACUCACAGCGCGAGGAAGAAAAGUACCAUAAAUAAUAAUAAUAGUAUUUUUAAACUAGCGCCACGUCUCCUGUUGUGAUUCAUAGCCGCGGUGUGGGGGGGGGGGUGACGGAUGGUAAGUGGAGUCGUUUGGCGGCUCUGAAGUGUUACCGCUAUAAAAAUGUUUUUUUUGUUUCUUUUGAAAAUAAAGCUCUGAAAUGUGCAGCUUCAACUUUGUACACUGUAACAAAAUGUUCACUGUAAAAAAUUACAUUAAAUUACUGGUGAAGUU